CACGAGCACAGAGCGAUUCGCGCGAUACAUAAAUCUAACGGAGUUGUAUGCUAGCAAUCGGGAGUAAGAGGGACUGAAUGUGAAUCUUACAGUGAAUUUUAGAUCGGUGGAAGUGCGGUUCUAACCGAGAUGUCGGCGAUUGUGUGAAUCGAAGAGAGGAUGGCUCGUUUUGGGGAAGGAGUGGGCAGCCUAUCUGUCGAUGCCGGCUCGGAGCAGGGAAGGAGCAGGCACCAGGUGCCGGUGACGGGGGAGACGGCGGCGGCGGCGGCAGCGGCUGCAGCAGCGGGUGCAGCUGCAGCGGUGGCGGCGGCAGCAGCAGCGCAGGGCCCGGCCGGAUUCAAACAGACCCGAGCACAGCGAGCACGCACCAUGGCUCUCUACAACCCCAUCCCCGUGCGGCACAACUGCCUGACGGCCAACCGCUCGCUCUUCCUGUUCGGAGAGGACAACAUCAUCAGGAAGUCGGCCAGAAGGGUCAUUGAGUGGCCAUAUCCUUCCACUAGCGAUGGUUUUAGCUGUCUCUAUUCUGUUCACCUCCCCACCCUCGCACUGUCACACACAGAAAUUGGCCUUUCAGCCAACCGCCUCUCCCUCCCCCACACCCUUCUUCCCCCUUUCCAAUGCCAACCAUAUCAACCAUGCCAACCUUUCUCAUCCGACCCUAAUCCCAUUUGCCCAGUUUAGGUCUGUUUUAUUUACGACCUGCCUAGUUAAAGGUCUUUCUGAAUGUCUCUUAAAUGGAGUCAUUGUAUCACAAUCUCCUUUGGCAGCGAGUUCCAGAUAUCAAAUGCACUCAUUGGGGAAAAAAAACAUUCUCCUCAAACCACAUUUAAAACUCCGUCCUUUCACCUUAGACAUACCUAUUCCCAUGUUUUUCAUACUCCAACAACUGGAAAAAAACACCUUGACUAUCAUUCGAUAGUUUUUCGACAUUUCCGCUACCGACAACGUGAUCCCACCACCAGACACAUCCUCCCCUCCCCACCUCUUUCUACUUUCUACAGAGACACUGUCUCCAUGGCAGGUUCACCCAUCCUUCCUCACCCAUCCUUUCCCUUCCCUCAGGUACUUUCCCCACCAACCAUCUUCUUCCUCACCACUAUCCAUGUGAGGCAAAGAUUUCCAUGUACAUCUCCAAGUAGGUCUAUCGCAUUAAUUGCUCUCGAUGUGGCCAUAUCUGCAUUGUUCCCACACUGGUGAGACCAAGUGCAGACUGGGAGACCACUUUGCUGAGCACCUGUGUUCUGUCCGCCAUGGCCCCUUAACACUGUUAGUUGCUAGCUAUUUUAAUUCCUCUUCCCCUUUCCACACUGACUUAUCUGUCCUCGGUCUCCUUUCCUGCUAGGAUUAGGCCAAGUGCAAACUAGAGGAAGAAUACCUCAUAAUCUGAAGAUAGACACAAAAAGCUGGAGUAACUCAGAGGGACAAGCAGCAUCUCUGGAGAGAAGGAAUGGGUGACGUUUCGGGUCAAGUUUUUUCAGAGCUCUUCUACCUCAUAUUCUGCCUGGGUAGUUUCCUGCCCAACGGUAUGAAUGUUGAAUUUUCCAAUUUCAGGCAACCUGUUCCCCCUCUGGCACAUUAUGUCUCUUUGCGAUGUAUCCAGGUUACAUCCCACACCCUUUCCCAUUCACUUCCUUCUUCCCAGCCC